AUGACACAGGAGAUGAACAACGGGCUGAGCAGCCACGAGCCCAAGCCUUCUAAUACACCUCGCGCAGACUCAAGCAAUGGGAGCACUAGACAGGCUGGCCAAGAGCCCGAGGCCACAGCUGCGAGCGUGAGCCACGAGCCGCAAGAGAAGCAACAACUGUCCGCCCUCAAGGGACUAGGUAUUCUGGAUCGCUACCUGGCCAUCUGGAUAUUCCUGGCCAUGGCCAUUGGUAUAGUCUUGGGAAACUUUGUCCCUGAGACGGGUCCAGCCUUGCAGAAGGGCAAGUUUGUCGGUGUUUCGCUGCCUAUUGCUGUCGGUUUACUCGUUAUGAUGUAUCCUAUCCUCUGCAAAGUGCGAUAUGAAUCGCUCCACGAGCUCUUUUCCCACCGGGAUAUGUGGAAGCAGAUCUGCUUUAGCAUCUUCAUCAACUGGAUCAUUGCUCCAUUCCUCAUGCUUGCCCUGGCCUGGGCGUUCCUCCCCGACAAGUCGGACCUUCGAACCGGUCUUAUUCUCGUGGGUCUUGGGAGAUGUAUUGCCAUGGUCCUUAUUUGGAACGGCCUAGCUGGCGGCAACGACGAAUACUGUGCCAUCCUUGUCGCUGUAAACUCGAUACUCCAGAUAGUCCUCUUCGCCCCAAUGGCCGUCUUCUUCAUCCGCAUUAUCAGCCACGAAUCCGGUACGAUUGAUAUAUCCUAUAACGUCGUUGCUAUAAGUGUGGCUGUUUUCCUGGGCAUCCCGCUUGGAGCAGCUGUCAUAACGCGGAUCAUCCUGCGCAAGGUCGCUGGACCUGAUUGGUAUGAGAGGACCUUUCUCAGAUUUCUCGCACCCUGGUCCCUCCUCGGCCUACUCUAUACUAUUCUGGUUCUAUUCGCGUCCCAAGGGAGACAGGUUGUUCACCAGAUUGUAUCGGUCGUCCGGGUAGCAGUCCCAUUGGUGGUGUAUUUCGUGCUCAUCUUCUUCGUUACUUUGUGGGUCAGCAGAUUGCUUGGCUUCCGGUUCUCCAUGGUAGUUACCCAGAGCUUUACUGCUGCAAGCAACAACUUUGAGUUAGCUAUCGCCGUGGCGGUCGCGACCUUUGGCCCCAACAGCGACCAGGCUCUGGCAUCCACCGUCGGUCCGCUCAUUGAAGUCCCAGUCUUGGUAGGCUUGGUGUAUGCCGUGCGCUGGAUGGCCAACAGAUGGGAUUGGAAGUAA